AUGGCCAUCCAGCCCCGACUCGACACUUGUCAUGAUCUGGCAUACUUGCCUCGGGACAUUUUCUGGCUUCUGCUGGGAUACUUGGACCCUGUGGACAUGAUUCGUUGCCGCCGUGUCUCGCACGCAUGGAACGAGGCCUUCAGCAACCCGACCAUCCUGGUCCCAUCCUUGAAGAGGCGAUAUCCAUGGACAAGGGAAGCACAAGCUCUUGAAUGGGACGACAAGGACCCUGGAAGUCGAACUGUUUACGACCAGGUCGUCGCGCGAUAUGACCAUCUACAACGCGGAAAGCCCCGCUCCGUACAAAAAUACCGUCUGUGUGACGACUUCGGCAGCUCGGGCGACCGCGAAUGGUUCCAGGUUCAGCCUUGGGAGUCGCACGCGAGCCACAUGAGGCAGGUUGUGGACCGCCAGUUCUCAGAAGCCUUGUGGACCUACGAGGAUGGGCUGCUAGUCUACCCAAGCGCGGAUCACCAGUGUUUGGUGCUGAUGGAUCUGAGCUCUGAUCGCCAGUUCAUGGUACCAUUCAUUAUCCGUGGAAAGGUCGUCCGCCGAGUUCGAAUUCAGAUGCGAUUAUUGGUCGUUGAGUGGGCAGAGCCCAAGGCCUUUCACUGGCUCAAUGACAGCGACGGCGUGCAUCGGCAUUUCGCCUCGUCCUUCGAUGUCAAGUCCGAUGACAAAGGUGGAUGGAGGAUCGUCCCUCGAAAUGAAUGGAAGAUCAUGUUUUUGGGUCAUCCACUGAGUGAGCGUGAUCGUUUCUUCUCUGCGCAUAGCAAUACGCACUAUGUGAUAUACAUCUGGCAGCCAAACCGCAGUCUAUACACAGCUGAUGAGGAUGCGCCUAUCGAGUCUCUUUUCGUAUGGGACAUCUCGAAACCUUCUUCUUACAGGCCGUCUCUGGAUCCCACAUGUCAGCAUAGCGGUCCCAAUGUUGACCAGGCUCCCUCCAUCGUGUCUCGUUUCGGCUUUCGGGAUCUCGAGUUCUUUGAUAUUCGGCAACGAGGCCUGCCGGCCUUGCAGAGGCUCGGCAUCACAGACGACGGCUAUGCCGUGAGGUUUACCGAAAUGGCCUGCUUUGGCGACGAGGAUGUGAUGACGCCGUUCGGUUAUCCUCACACCGUCACCACCGUGAUACCUAUGCAAGGAUAUGGACCCCACCAGAGGCGCGUUGAACCAAAUCUGCCUGCUUAUCGUGGAACACACAAUUUGCACACGCCAAAAUUGAGAGAUGAUGAGUUCCUGCCAGAGGCUUGGUUUGGCAUGCUCUCCGAAUUAGCCAACGAAUCCACCGGCGUGGCUAUCAGCUUGCACUUUGAUCCGAUCAAUUGGACUCAAGAUCAGAGAAUCUACUUAACUUUCGAGACCAGAGACGGUUCGGUUUCUCGUGAGAACCUAGACUUUACUGGCCGCGGUUUAAUUUGUGGUGGCGAUUACUAUCUAGUGGGCGAGAACUGUAACCGUGAGCUGGUGAUCUGGCGCUUUGAUCGAUGA